ACGAACUCAUAAUUGUGAAACGCGAUUUGUUCUCAAAUUGAUUUGAUCCCUGCGGACCAGAGGAGAGAAUGUCGAGCUGGUCGGGGUUUUGGUGUGAUCAAGGGCAACCAUCUGGUCGUGAUGCUUGCACGGUUAGUUUAAAAUUUGUGGGAUAUUGAGUGAACUCAGCAGUAGUAAUUCGGUUUGUGAUGGCGAAGCGAGAUGUUCCUUGUUGCAGGCUGUGGUUGCCCCAACAGCUGUGCGUGCGACAGGAUCAGAGGUUGGCGAUUGUGGGGUGGAUCAAUGAAGGUGUUGAGAUUUUAGAUUUGGUGGUAGUCGGUGGAGUUACGACUUCUGAGGAUUUCUAUGCGGACGUGAAGAUACUGCAGAGAAGUCUGGACAAUGCAGAGUCGAAGUUGCAAGCCGAGUUGCGAGCAGAGCAAAAGUUGCGUGUCAUUGGAGAGUAUCGCGUAUGCGAUGACCUUGGAAAUGAAAAAGUUGGAAGUGCCCAGUCCCAUGACUUAGAUAGAGAAUUAUUAGAGAGCUUGGCUAGCAUUCAACAUGUGUAUACUGCUUGGGCUCUGUUUUCGGAUCACUUAUCUGGCGGGGAAGGCAAGAAACUAGACUGGGUGCCCAUGCUGUACCGAAUCAUCCGACAUGACCGUUGCGUCGCCCUCCUCAGCACUCAUAUCAUUGUCUACAAUCAGCCUCAAUUCGGUAGCCACCACCUGUCACAUCUGCCAUGGAAUUUUCGGAGUAAUAUUGCAAAUACUGGCACUCCUGUUGACCAAGUAGUCAAGCCGCCAGUGUGGAUAUCUACACUUGAGCAACAAAAAACGACACUGAAGGUGGAGAUGAUAAUGCAGGAAUUGAACUGCGCAAGAUACAUCAGUCAAACUGUGGAAGAUGUCGCUGCGUCUGUUAAACUGGACGGGGAACGUGCUCCACGUUUUGCCAAGUGCAGUGCAUCUGGCAGGAUAGCGAGCUGUAGUUUCGAACCGUGGAGACGGGUUUCACUUCUAUUGUUAACUUUAUGGGCAACUGCCCUCUACUGUCUUGCUCGCGUCUUCAUCCCGAUUCUAUCAGUGUGGCUGCCAGCAGUUCCGCUUCUGAGAGAUAUGAUGCGAAAGAGCAUGCUUUUGCAUAUCCUGCGCAUUCGGUGCCAGCAAUUGAUGGCAUGGCCUUUUGUGCUCUUGUGGGGAGGCUUAGGGCCGGAACAACCGAAUGUUGCCAAGGCGCACAGAAUUGCAAAGGCCAAGCAUUCUACAUGGUUUAGUCUUCUCAUCGAUAUGAUAGCCGGAGCCAUUGUGGGCUUUGUCUUGCUCUAUUAUCAUUCUCCAAUAUUGAGCUUCUUGGUCGACUCUGGCAAAAGCCUUACGAAUGAUAUUUUGCGCACCGGCUGCGUGUGGCUAAUGGGAGUACCUGCAGGAUUCAAGAUCAAUACCGAGCUUGCGGCGGUGUUUGGAACACUAUCCCUGCACUGGAUCCAGACUUGGUCAACCUUGCUCUUCACCGCAAUCCCCGCAAUCAAGAUCCUUCUCUACGUCUUGAGUGUUAGCGGUAUCAUUCUGGGAUUCACUGUCCUCGCCGCAAUGGUUUCAGACAUGGUCACGCUUGCAAGCAUCCAUGUUUUAUCCCUUCAUUACGCGAUCGCCUUCAUAUACUCCAAUCAACUACGGGCUUUGGCUGCUUUAUUUCGUCUCUUCAGGGGUAGGAAGCGCAACGUUUUACGUGGCCGGCUGGAUUCGUUUGACUGCAGUGUGGACCAGCUCCUUGUGGGCUCACUCAUGUUUACUCCACUUCUACUCCUACUUCCUACUACGUCUGUGUUCUACACAUUUUUUUCCAUAAUAUUCUUGACCGUUUCCUCCUUACAGCUGAUUGUUAACUACGUGAUCUCCGUCCUCCUUUCCUUCCCAUUCUUUGAAGUAGCCACAUGGUUCCUUCAUCCCAAGCAGUUCCCUUCAGGAGUGUGGAUGCGUAUAGUUCAGAUAGAGAAGUCACAAAACUGGACUUCGUCAACCAGUGACAUGCCUAGCGUUGGUAAAGGCUAUCAAGGGGCUCAUUGUAGCACUAGUAUGAAAGAGGACAAGUCGAAGCCAGUGGUAUCCGACUAUACUUUUCAUGGUAUCGCGCAUGCGGAGACGGAAGGUAGUCAUUCUACUUCUAGGAUUGGUCACUGUGGACAAUCUGCCGAAAAUUACAGCUCUGAAAGUACAGGAAGAGGGAAGAAAACGACUAUCUUAUUCAUGCUGGAAAUACGAACUGCUCGCUAUGGAGAGAUACUAAGACCUUUUAUCGCAACGCACUUUUUUGGAGUACAAUGGCCUUCUGCAGCAGCGUUGGUGUACAAAGUUGUCAGUGGUGAGAGGUUUAGUCAACCUCCAUUUGUUGGCGUCGCCAAACUUCCUCAUUCCUUGCUGAGCCCAAAAAGUUUUGCGAAACUCUGUUACACGUCUAUGCGGAGAUAGAUGCUUUUCUUCUCAUCAUAUGAACAGCCGUGGGAAUAUAGUCGCCGUAAUGCGCCUCUGCCCUGAGCACCACUCCCAGGGGGAAAAUGUAGCUCCUUUCCAAAAUUGAACAUGAAUACCUUGACCUGGAUAAGUAGUGCCGUUAUUGAGAUAAAGCAGAAUGUUGCACCAUACUAAUCAUCUAACAAGUGAAAGAGCUCUGCCACUUCCUGCUUAAGAGCAGUAAGCUUCUGUUGAAUAGGUGCAACUUGACUGUCAAUCUCCUUGUUACUCAACUUCUUCUCGUAGGCUUCCACAGUUACGGUGUGC